GAUUGAGUCAGUCAUUCUCGUGCAAACUCCACCAACGACAAGAUCAUUCGUGAGUUCGGUAGUGAUAAUCAACAUCGUACACGUCCACUCUUGAUUAUUAAUUAUCGAUUAUUAAUUGUCAACCAUUAAUCAAGUUCACAUGGAUAUAAAGAUCGUGACACUGCUGGUGCUAUUAGGCAUCGUAGGAUCUUUGGCGGAACCACUUCACAGGAUGCGCAGAAAUGGAUUGCAAGAAAGCGAUAAACCACGCGGCAUGGAAUUCGUCGGAAUGCCGAGAGCGAAACGGGAGUCCGUCGAUUCGAGCACUACCGAAAACACCGCUACACCCACGUCCACCGCAGAUCCCUCCACUACACGCGGCACAAGUCCUACCACCACGAACAAACCAGAUCCAUCAACCGAGACCGCUCCCACGCCUGGAUCGCGUUCGACGACAAUCAAACCGAGUCCGACACCUGAUCCCGCGACGACGGAGCCGCCAUCUACGACUGCCAAGCCUGCUUCCACUACCCCGGAGAAGGACACGACCACGAAGAAGCCAACGAAUCCUGGAAAAUCAACCAAACCGUCGCCAGCCAUCGGCUCUCGCAUCGAUCCGUCCGAGGAACAGCCUCAGCAGCCCGAAACGAAGCCCAACCCAGAGGCUGCCGCGACACCAAGCCAGGCUGGGGGAAAUCCCGCAUUUCCCUCGUACUCACCCUUCCCAAACCCCGCGUUCUUCAUGCCAAGCUUUAUCCCGGACUACUCUGCGCCUUACACCCCCUACGGUGAUCCUACUUUCAACUCUAUACCAGGUGCUAACAACAACAACCUCGCGUGGACGUCGACCAGCAACGGAGGCGGCGCGUCGUCGUCGUUCGCAGGAGCGUCGGCUGGCUCCUUCGGCUACGGGCAACCGUCGGUUGGAAGCCGUGGAUCGUUCGUCGACGACGGAGGCCAAGCGCCCGGUUAUCCAAACUCCUACCCUGACUGGGGAAGCAGCGGAGCCCUGCCAUUUUCCAACUUCGCGUUCCCCGGUAAUUUCGAAAAUCAAAUGCAGGACCAUUUCAAACGACUCCAAGAUCAAUUCCAACAACAACAGGAAUUUUUCCGCAAACAACAGGCUCAAAUUCAAGCACAGAACGAAGCUAUAUAUAGGAUGUUCCAAGAGACAGCUAAUCGGAUCAACAGCGCUCCGGACGCACACAGUGCAGUUUCUGGGAUCAGUUUAGGACCACGUGGUGGCUUCCAGUAUGGGGCCGUCAAUCCGGCAGUUCCCGGUGUAGAGUCGAGAUUCGCCGAGGAGAUUCCAGCCCCGUCUGGAGGCAGAGUCGCAGUGUUCUCCAGUUCCAGUUCCAAUAGCAUGACUGGCCCUGAUGGCAAAACAAUUUCCCACAGGACAUCGACGACCGGUGUCGACGACAACGGAAAAGUCAAGUUCCGCACCAUCACAAACUAAAAGGUUUCACCAUCGAUGGGAGCUAUACCUAUAACAACGGCUGCGACCAAGCGUCGCGUUUCUUCUCCUUAUUUUCUUUUUCCUUUUUACACCAAGAUCAUCUGUAACUCAGGUUUAUAGACAAUAUUCUUAAUCCUUUACUUAUGAAAUAUACUUACCCAAAUGCCAUAGAAAUACUCGAUGUAUUUAAUAAGAACGAUUCAGCUCGCCAUCUACGUAAGAAGAAUCGUUGCGUACCUCGAUAACUGAAAGAACUAUCGCCAUCGGUUAAGUGACCGUUAGAUUAUCUCAAAUUUGAAUCGUAAAUUCUAUCGAUUUAUCUGGCUAAUUUAAUAUUGGGAUCGUACAAUUCUUCGCGUUUUCCUUUGAAAUAUCCUUCUUGUGAAACGAAAAUGAAAUAUACGAUUGUUCGAUAA